AAUCACUGCAGUGUUUCCUUAUGUUCAGAGUCAAAUCCGGUCAAAGAUUGAAGGUAAUGAAGAUCUUAUCAGUGCAGGUUUAUAGACCAAUAACAGUCUGAGAUAUACUGAAUACUCAUCGUGAAUCCAUCACUGCUUUGAGAGCUGCACGAGGAAACAACAAGGACCUUUAUCAGGACCCAACUGAGCUGUUUAUUCAACACUGAUGACAAACAGAGGUACAGUGAGCCCAACCUGAAGAAAACCAGGCCAGGAUAAGCAAACAGAUUUCUCUGGACGAUGUUUAACAGAGUCGUCCACAAGAGGAGGGCGACCAUCACAGAUCUGCCUCUCUACUACUCCGGACACCUGAGGAAGAAACUCACCAAAGAGAAGGAUUUCAAGAAAUACUACGGAGAGCUCCGAGGAGCCACUCUGUUUCUGUACAAAGAUGACACUCAGGAUACAUACACAGAGAAGCUGGAACUGGGGAAGCUGAAGUCCAUGCAGUUACAUUCUCCGUAUCAGAAGAAGACCCCAACCAUCUUCACACUCACGCUGCAGACAGAGGAGGUGCAACUACAGAUGGACAACUCUGACACAGGAGAGGAGUGGAGAGGCUACAUCCUGACUGUGGUUAAAAGAGAGAUUCCCAGUAAGCUGCAGCUGCUGCCUGGCCAGAUGUUGCAGCUGCAGGAUGCUCUGGAUCAGGAGAGGCAAAGGAAUCCCACCACGCAGCGGCCAGAACUUCCACCCCGCCCACUCUUCCUCUGCACACCCUCCCCCUUCCAAUCCCCCAAAGCAUCUGCCUCCCCCUCCUCCACACCGCCCAAAGACAAGACUGACAACAGCCCUGAGAUUCCUGCGUGUUUUUUCCAUGUGUCUCGAAAAGAGGCUGAGCACAUGUUGAAGGUGAACCCCGAGUGUGGAAGCAUCAUCCUCCGCCCGUCCACCCUGGCCAACAACUACGCCCUGACCCUCAGACAACAGACGCCCAGUGGACCCAUCCUGAAGAACUUCAGAGUGACCUCCACAAACGUGGGGUUUGUCAUUGAACUGGACACAGCAGUGACAGUCUCCUCCUUGAAUGAGGUUCUGAAAUUCUUCCUUCACAAGACUGAGUACCAGCUUCACCCCUACAUGGCACCUCAGCCCUACGACACUUGCAUCGACAUGUCUCCUGUCCCAAAGUGUGUCGGCAUCUCCUCAGCUAUACUUAAAACAGUACCCAAAGCAAAAGUGGCCCCUAUGCUGCAUUCACAGACCAAAGAAGAACUUCCGCCGCCUCCAACAAACCAAGACGGCGGAGAUUACGUGAUGCCAGAUGAUCAUGAUACCAACCUAAAGUCAGUUCAGAUGGAUAGAGAGCUGGAGGGGGUUUUAAAGUUACGGAGAAAAAACCUGUACACUGAGACUGAGGAAGUCAACACGAACAAGAAUCAGAGCAGUGAGAAACCUCCGUCAGCCGCUGUGCGGUGGAGCGGAAACACUUCAACCAUCUGAGCAAUAGUCCGCUGGGCUCAUAGACCUCAUAAAAGGCUCAUUUAAUGUUUAACCUGUAACGUCAGCUGGGAGAAUGCACGCUCCUGCCACCUUUAGUCACUUUCAGAAAUUGUACCGUACAAAGUAAAAAUGUUCUCAAUCUCUUAACGCAGGGGUCUCAAACUCAAAUGUUGGCACUAAACACGCAAGUACAACAUUGGCCGAUGGGAAUUACAUUAGUUUGGCUUUGGUCAUAAGUAAAAGUGGUAAUAGUAGUUUCUAAAACAUGUGAUUGCGCUAUAUAGAAACAGGGAAACAACAUUAUUACAUCUUGUGCUUUGGAGUAGAUGAACGUACCAAAUGUUUUAUAGGUAGAUACUUUUUAACAUCUCUCCAGUAUUUUAGAGAUAUUGCAAUACAAACAUGUUAAACUCAUGGUUGCGUGAGUUAUCCAAAUGUCUGGAUAACAAAAACAAAUCAUUCUAAACACAUGUAUUUUGAAUCUGGAC